CCCACCGCGACUGCAUCAUGAUGCAGCUGCCGCCGCCUGAUUUUCUGUUGACUCUGCUGGCUCAACCUCAUCCACUCGCCCCCCCGGUCUGACUUCUUCUCCCUGUAGCCUGUAGCCGCUACCCUCUACCUACUCGCCGACUUCUCCCCGCACACUUCCGCCAUACCGAAAGCCAGGAUACCGUGGAUACCUCUGCUGAUUGCCCUUGCGCUCCGCUGACCAACCAUGCCCCUCCAACCCACCUACUUCCAACAACCCAUGACGCCCGCCCCGACCCCAUCCGCCAAACCGCCCAAGCCGCCGCGCAAGCCGCUUCUGCGCCUCGAGCUGCGCGACCUCUCCCACUCGGGUACCACGUCGUUCCUGACCCUGCUCGAUGUCAGCUCCGUGCUGGACGAAGCCGUCGCCGGCGUCCUGAACCUGCUCUACACGGCGCACUCGCACAUACCUCCCAUCCGCUCCGUCACGCUGAUCCUUCGGCCCAUGCACGGCGUCGCUUACACGACCGGCAAGGACAUUGACAGCGACCACAAGGAGAUUCACUUUUCAACCGACUACAUUACGAGCGUGCCGCAGGAGCGGAGGAGGCGCGAGAUGCUGGGCGUCAUACGCCACGAAAUGGUGCAUUGCUGGCAAUGGAACGCCAUGGGGUCCGCCCCCGGGGGGCUGAUUGAGGGCAUUGCCGACUACGUACGGUUGAGGUGCGGUUUCGUGCCCCCACACUGGAAACAGGAGUGUGAUGGUGACUGGGAUGCCGGGUACCAACAUACCGCUUAUUUCCUAGAUUACCUGGACAACCAGUAUGGUGCGGGCAGUGUUAUGGCCAUCAACGAAUCGUUGAAGUGCAGAGAGUACAAGGAGAAGACGUUCUGGAAGGGCCUUUUCGGCAAGGACGUGGAAGACUUGUGGCAAGAAUAUGGACGCUAUCUAAAGUCAAAAGAUGACAAACUCGAGACGGAGGAUGAGCUUAAGAAAUUGAAGCUAGAGGAUGGCAAAACGCAACCCCAGAAGGAUGCUGAGCCUACAGAAGCAGAAUCAUCUGGUGAUCCAGCUGGAACCGCUUGAUAAUCACUCCAGGAUUCAAGGAUGACCGAAAAUCCAAAUCUAUACCCAAGGCACUAAAUUUAGCCUUCUUAUAAUUAAUCUAGUCUAUGCUGCGG